UGGUCUUGGUCAGCAAACGCUGACGGAGGAGCAUCUCGUGCUGUACUGAUGAUGACGAAUGCUGCCGGCGGCUCGCCUGCACGUUCGAGACACAGCCUCAAGGUGCUCGCCACUCUUCCCAGCCCUACACAGUAUAGGCCCGCCCGCGUGUCCUAUUUUUGUGCCUUCUUCUCCAUGUUGUCGCACCCACUAGACCGCCGGCUGUGUCAAAUCACGACCCGUUUUCUGGCGAGGCGAGAGACAUGAGGUCAAGCUCGUUAUUGGUCGCCCUGGCGACCCUCAUCCAGAUAACGCAUGGGCUAGCACUGCCGGAAAGGCGCCAUGGGCCGAGCGUGCUGGGUCUGGAGAUGCAGCGGCGGGCUCCACGGAACCCGUUGCACAGGGACAAGAGGCGGAGGAAAAGAGGAACCUUGGAGGUCGGCCUGGACAAUGAGGAAACCUUAUACUUUAUCAACGGGACCGUCGGCACGCCUCCGAAACCAGUGAGGCUACACAUCGACACCGGCAGCAGCGACCUAUGGGUCAACACGCCGGCCUCGGAACUCUGCGCGUCGGCGAACGACCCGUGUGCCUUUGCGGGUACGUAUUCGGCCAAUUCGUCCUCGACCUACCAGUACAUCUCCAGCAACUUCAACAUCUCGUACGUCGACGGCAGCGGGGCAAGCGGAGACUACGUCUCGGACACGGUCACCAUCGGCAGCCAGAAGAUCGACCGCCUGCAGUUCGGCGUCGGCUACUCGAGCACCAACGACCAGGGCAUCCUCGGCAUCGGCUACCCGCUCAACGAAGUCCAGGUGGGCCGUGCCGGCCUGCGGCCCUACAACAACCUCCCCGCCCAGCUGGUCGCCGACGGCGUCAUCCGGUCCAUGGCCUACUCCAUCUGGCUCAACGACCUCGACGCCAACACGGGCAACAUCCUCUUUGGCGGCGUCGACACGGAGAAGUACGCGCCGCCGCUCCUGUCCCUCCCCGUCGAGUCCGCCUCGGGCGUCUUCUCCGAGUUCAUGAUCACCCUCACCGGCCUGAAGCUCGGCUCCCAGACCAUCGGCCCCUCCGACCUCGCCAUCGCCGUCCUCCUCGACACGGGCUCCUCCCUCACCUACCUGCCCGACGCCCUCGUGUCCGACAUCUACGCCGCCGUCGGCGCCGUCUUCGACGGCGACGCCAACGCCGCCUACGUCCCCUGCUCCCUGGCCCGCGACGCCUCGGCCCCGCCGCUCACCUUCACCUUCAGCGAGCCGGCCAUCGCCGUCGGCAUGGACGAGCUCGUCCUCGACCUCGUCACCGCCUCGGGCCGCCGGCCCACCUUCGACAACGGCACGCCCGCCUGCCUGUUCGGCAUCGGCCCCGCCGGCGCCGGCACCUACGUCCUGGGCGACACCUUCCUCCGCUCCGCCUACGUCGUCUACGACCUGGACAACAACGAGAUCGCCCUCGCGCCCACCCGCUUCAACUCGUCCGCCACCCGCGUCGUCGAGAUCGGCACCGGCCAGGACGCCGUCCCCGGCGCCACCCGCGUCAGCAACCCGGUCAAGGCCACCGAGGGCCUGCGCGGGAUGAACGCCAAAAAGAACGCCGCCGCUGCCGUUGCUGGUCUCGGCAGCGGCGGGAUGCGCCUCAUGGUGGCGUGCGCGACUCUUGUGGUUGUCGUGGUGGGUGGCUUGGUUUAAAAUUGUUAUUGCUCCUCACGAGAAAAUGAAAGAAGAAGAAAAAGAUGAAGAAAGGGUGAGAGGUGUAUGCAAACAAGGUUUUGGUGCAUUUGCAUUUUGCAUUGGGGUUGGCGUUCUGGGGGGGAUGUUAAUUUUUUUUUUUUUCUUGG